AUGGUCUGGGCUAUCUACCUCCUCGUACUUGUCAACUAUGUUGCACAGGCAUGGAGGACGUCGUCACGUACAGUCCUCAUCCCUCAACGUACCGUGCGUAGACAAACAUACAUAAGUGCACUUGGAGAUGGGCAAACGGUAUACGGUUUAUCGUCAGGUAUUCCUGAUGGAGGAUGCGGGGUAGCUGUGACCAGAAUCUCUGGAAGGCAGAGCCUGAAGGUCCUGGAACUAUUAACUCAACAUAAGGGUGAAAGUCGGUCAGAAAAGCUCUUCAAAUGCCUCCCAAGGGUGGCGACGUUGCGUAAUUUGUAUGACGUAUCUCAUACCACACCCAUUGACAAAGUCAUCACAAUUUACUUUCCUGCUCCAAAUUCGUUCACAGGCGAGGAUGUUGUGGAAAUCCACACGCACGGUAGCAGAGCUAUAAUCGCACAACUAUUCGAAUCAAUGAGAGAGAUAUCGAAGACGUAUAAUCUCGAAUUGAGGCAAGCAGAACGCGGAGAAUUCACACGAAGAGCAUUCUACAAUGGCAAGAUGGACCUCACCCAAGCAGAAGCUGUCAGGGAUCUCAUAGCCUCCGAGACCACACUAGAGAUGGAAAAUGCAGCUCUCAAGAUUCACGGAGGGCUCUCACAAAUUUAUCGAACAUGGGCGGACAGACUUAAUACUUUGCUUGCGCAUUUGGAGGCGAAAAUAGAGUUCGAAGAACAAGCUUCCACAGACAUACCAACCACUGUCGAAGAGGUUGAUACCGUUGCGCAACAUCUCAGGCAAAUAGCGACAGAAAUCGAGAACAAAGUAAAUGACACUAGAGGUGAAUUACUCAGUAUGGGUGCCACUGUCGCAAUAGUAGGAGCACCUAAUGCGGGGAAAAGUUCACUGAUAAACGCGAUAUGCAACAGGAAAGUCGCCAUCGUGGCAGACAUGCCAGGUACCACAAGAGAUCUUGUUCAAGCAAGAUACGAUCUCAACGGAGUAAAAGUUACUUUCGUGGACACAGCGGGAAUAAGGUCAAUAGAAGCUAAUGCCAAAGACAAUUCACAAGACGGGGUGGAAAUGCAGGGAAUUGAAAUGGCUUUACAAUACAUAAACGACGCCAAAAUGGUCUUAUUUUUAUUCGACCACACAAAUGUAGAGCUUUCGGAACGCGCUUUGGACUUGACGCUAAAAAGGAUAGCUAAACACUCUCAGCUUUUCAUAUGUAUUUCUAAAGCGGAUCUAUUGAAUGAAGAACAGAUGUUGCUGUUCAUUCAGAAAUUACGAACACUCCAUCGUCAAAAAGCAAUUCAAGUAAUGGCUAUUUCAAGCCGCAAACCAGAAACUCUUGAUGCUAUGCUUCAUAUUGUACACCAUCAAUUUACCAAAGACUACCUAGAUGUUCGAAAACAACCAUUCAUUACGGAAGCGCGGCACCGGACACAUCUCAUGAAUGUUUUGAGGGAAAUUAGAUUUACUUUACAGGCUAUAGAAAGUGGCAGGCAUGAUCUAGAGAUUAUAGCGCAACAUCUAGUACAAGCAUUACCAGAAAUCUCUUAUAUUGUUGGCGACCAAACUAACGAACAGAUGCUGGAUGCCAUAUUCCGGACAUUCUGCGUAGGCAAAUAA